CCCUGCACUACUGGAGUCUUUUUAUCUGUCCUGAACGCUGAACUGGACAUUAGACAGCUCUUGCUUGACAAGCAGAUCAAGGAGACCAAGGCUGUACGGACAAAGCCAAGAUGACAACCUACUUUGGGAAUAUCUCAGUCAAACAGAUGAACGGCAGCCACCAUCUAGUAGACAUAACCUCCACAAACAUAGCCAUUGCCUCCCUGAUCCUGUUGUCCUUCCUGGUGGGGAUGACCAUGAAUGGGCUCUUCCUCUGGGUGCUUGGGGUGAAGAUAAAGAGAACAGUGAAUACGCUCUGGUUCCUUCACCUGAUUCUCACCUACUUGAUUUUCUGUUCAUUCCUACCUUUCUUAGCUGUCCAUGCCCUCCUUGGAAAUCACUGGAUCUUUGGCAGAGUUAUGUGCAAGCUUCUCAAUACCCUUGGUUCUCUGGGCAUGUUCACCAUGGUCUUUCUACUCACCAUCAUCAGCCUGGACCGCUAUCUCAUCAUCUGCCAUCCCAUCUGGACCAACCAUAACCGCACAAUACCCCAGGCACACAGGCUACUAGCAUUAAUGUGGCUCUUUUCUCUAGUCUUGAGUGCCCCCUAUCUGGCCUUUCGGGAUACUCGAGUGGUAGAGAAGGGCAGAAUCCUGUGCGUCAAUAAUUAUGCUUUCUCCAAUGACUGGGACACAGACACAACACAGGUUAUACGGUAUCGUGUUCACUUGGCUCUCUUUGUGGUUCGUUUCCUGCUGGCCUUCCUGUUUCCGUCCUUCAUCAUCAUUGGCUGCUCCUAUCGGAUGGGUCAAGAAAUGAAGAAGAAAAACUUUGUGAGGAAGACUGGGAAACCAUUCAGAAUUCUCGUGGCUUCUGUGGCAUCCUUCUUCAUCUGUUGGCUUCCCUACCACCUCUAUCAAGCUUCAUGGUUGACUGGGAAACUGUCUGAAGCCACAGAACAGGUCCUGUGGGUAAUCAUGACUGCUGCCAUCUGCUUCAAUUUCUGUUUCACCCCCAUUCUCUACCUCUUUGUUGGAGAAAAAUUCCAGCAGAUCUUCAAAACAUCCAUUGUUGCUCUGCUUCAGAAAGGUUUUGCAGAUGCUCCCAUCAUUUUUGUCAACGAAGCAAACAGUGCUGAGAGGGUGUGUUAGAUCAAUGUUCUUUCACCCAAGGACGAAAUCCAAACAGCCCUUAAGCAUGACUCCACCAUUCCAGCAACAGAGGGUUCAAAAGCGCUUUAUUGAUUAGUAAUCAAGGCCUGGCCUCUUCAAAGGGAGCAAUCAGACAAAGACAUUGGGAAUUCAGCACAGCAUUUGAGCCUGCAAGGGGCAGGGCCCUGUUGGAGCAUAAACCAAACAGAACAUAACACUGGGGCAUAGCUAAUUUUGCUAAACAAUCUCCUAUGUUUUAUAAACAAUCCCUUUGCCUUACAUUAAGCUAACUUUGACACAGGAGUACUGGAGCCGAAGCUCUUGUUCAUGUUAGAUAAGACAGAUGCAAGGAUGCACUCAAGGAGAUAUUCUCGCAUACAUGACAUUUUGCCUGCUAUAUGAUGGCUACUUUACAGUUUCCUUUUAAAAAUGGAGACACUUAUGCUAACAGGUGGACCAAUGGCCAGAACAUCUUCGGGCUGAAAGUGACAUAACGGAGUGACCAGCCAAGUCCCUAAAGAGCUGACAUUGGUUUAUACAUAGUGAAAAGAGUGGUUAGCACACUUCAUAUUUUCCGCCUAGGAACAACCACACAGGUGGAUGUUAUAUAUGCUGUAAAUGGAAUUUACUGAGCUCCGGCUAUUGGGUGGUAUAGAAAUGUAAUAAAUAAAAUAAAUAAAAUAAUAUAAUUUCUACACAUUAUGACCCAGUUGACACCAGAACAAUAGCCCCACCUAACUACCAUCUUUCCCCCUUUUCCCUGCCAUACUUUGUGUUGGGCAGGGGAGGGAAUGCAUAUUCCUGGCAAAAUAAGUUUGAAAUCCAUUUUUUUUGGUGAGAAAUCAUGUUAAAAGCACAUAUUUAAAUAAUAGUAAAAUACCACUUUUGUACCGAUUUAAAUUGAAUAAUCACUGCUUAGUUCAACGGGGCAGAGUGGCCUUAUGAAUGAAUACAUGUGCAAUUCAUACAGACCAGAAAUAUACUGGUCCAACUGUCCCCAAGUGUAAGCAUAUGGGUCAUGGGAGAUUGCUAUUAAUGAUAAAUUAACCUGUUACAUUAAAGUGAGAAGAGGAAUAGCAAAAACGAAUGAUUUUGAGGAAAUUUGGAAACAGUUCCUAAUAUUUGUGUUUUCUAAGGGAAGUGGGAAACCACCAGCAGAAGAGGUGUUAAGAUUUUGGAAACAGGAAUGAUCCCGAAGGGAAG